AUGCAAGGGGAACAUGAUCUCGUUCCUGGUGACUAUGUCAAAUACCUCGUAUGGGAAAAGGUGCCUGGGGAGCCUCUUACAGAGGAAUUUUUCUGGAGCUUGGAUCCCCUGGUACGAGAGGAUAUCCGUGCCAAGUUUCAUGUUGCCUUUGAAGAGAUGCUACGUUGCGGUGUCAAACCACAGGAGUCUAGAAUCUCAAAGAUCAUCUAUGAUCAGUCCACUGACAAUGUUCGCAUCUCGGGGUUCCGAAGGGGAUGGCCAAUCCGUGAUAAACUUGAAUGGUCAGACACCCGUUAUAUCGCGUACAUGCUAGCUUAG